AUGAACCCUCUACCCGCGCAAGAGAGUCAUGAAUUACAUGUUCUUAUGAGAGCUCUGGGCGGCACAGUACUCGAAAUUUCUCGUAAGUUAUACCAUUCUGACGCUGGAAAAUUCAUCAACCUCCCCCGUUACGAUCUCCCUCUCAUCUCAAUCGUUGCUCCUUUGCGGCAAGGGUUAGACUUUUGUGGUGUGCAAACGCGAAUGCUUGAAGGCAUCGAGCAACAACUUGCGGAUUUGACGCGAAUCGUUUCUCAGGGCUGCGAUCGCAACUCCAACUCCGUUGCCACUGGCACCAGCGUGGCGGCAGGGGCUGCCAAAGUCGGAGCGGAAGAACCCCAAAACAAGGUCAACGAUGGCAUGGGAGAGGCCAAGCGAAUAACUAAUGAGGACCUCAAAGCUGACAACCAGAAAAGAAACGACGCCGCGGGGAUUCAUGAGGAUUUGAUCCUAGACGCACCGGAACCGCCCACCCUUCUUAAUAUAACAGCGGCGAGAGAGGAAAGGAGAGCGGAGCGCGAGUGCUUCAUGAUACAAAUCAAUCGAACCCUUCGAAGCGCCGAGGAAACAAUUGAAAAGGCGAAUAGGACAAUUGCUGAAGUCAGGAAUGCCCUGGUCACGGCGAGAGAACCAGACAAGGAGGAAACUGGCUGGACGGACCAUUGGCAAGCGGCCGAGACGUUGAGCGGGCUUAGGCGAUCAGUGAAUGCAAACAGGAGGUUUGGGGACCAGGCAGCCGGGUUGCAUCAGUCAGAGAGAAAUGACGACUCUUUCCGAGGGGCAGAUUUCAACAAAGCGCGCUUAGGUCUUGCGGCAAGGGCGGGGUACAAACACCAGGACGUACGGAGCCAGGUCGACGCCAGAAGAACUUAUAGGCGAGGUUAUUCCGGCGGGCAGGAGCAGGGCAGUUCAAAGCGAGCUAGAUUUUAG